UUGUACCUUGGCGUUUCAAAACCUACCCUCGUCCAGCGUUUUUCAAUCUUUUGAAGAUUUGGAACACAGCCCUGAUCUCACCUCAGUUUCGGCUUCUUAGCUAUGCUCUUAGUAGCUUACAUAAUCCAAUCCAAUCUGUUGAGGCAGAGGCAGUGUCUUUUUGGUUACUUACUCCAUCGUAACAACCGCAGUUUACAAAAAUGAACCUUCGGAAUUCUGAACAAGAAAAACAGGUGGCUGAACUCUCAGAACUAAUUGAUGAAUUGACAUCACCGGGUUCUGAACAAUCCAAGGAAAAGAAACUGAAAAGGCUAAAGAAGUUGUGCCGGACAUCGGACGACCUUUUGAAGCAUACCUAUCAUCUCAUCAUGAAAGCAUUAGAAGAAGACGACUCAGAGACGCGUCUUGAUGCAGUCCGAUUGACUGACGAGCUCUUCAAACGAUCUCACCUUUUCCGCACACUACUUCUUGAGCAUUUCGAGAAGUUCAUGGAACUCGUUGCAGAAACCAAUCUCGACUUGCCGCUCCCGGGAAGUGAGGCUGCAGCUAGGAACCUCAAAGAGAAGUCUUUAGCGGUGAUUGAUGAAUGGCACGAAAAGUUUGGCGCAAACUACAAACUCCUGUCUCUUGGUGUCAACUUUCUAAAGAACCGUAAGCAGGCACAGAGACGCACGGAGGAGCAACCCGCCUGGGCACAGAGAAUGCUCACCGAAAUCUCUGACCGCACCCCUGAUGUGCAGCUUGUGAUUACACAGAUGGAAAAUUGCUUUCGCUUGCUGGUGCCGCAUGAAAUUGCAGGUGGAAAACCAGAGCCUCCUCCAGAGCCAGAAACAGAAACCUCGCAAGCUGAGCGUUUACGGGGCCACGCUGUGUCUGCCACCUUCACGCUAGAAAUUCAAGUGCCCCAAGUUGUCAGGAUGAAUGAGACCACAGACAAUGCGGACCUUCUGGACAACCUGCGUCGAUUGCAUCAUGAACUCAUGACUGUGUUCUUCCCCCUGGUCAAGAAGUGGCUGAAGGGGCUGGCCAAGAUCAGCCACCCUCCUGACAUACUUCGGAACACCAUUGACUUGAAGUGUAGCAUCGAAGCGGCCCACGAAAAGUUUGGCGAGCUGCAUGUAGAGCCGGAGGCUUCUUCGGACGACAGCGACCUCGAGGAAGUGCCCGACAAAGAAGGUUAUGAACCUAUAAUUCCUGUUAACAAGCGGGCAGAGUAUGGUUUGGAACCGAUCGAAUCAGGACCACCGAAGAAGACAUUACAGAAAAAGAUUCCUGAGACCGAAGCUUCUGAUCCAACUUCCAGGGAGGCCCAGUUGCGAAGGCUCGCUGAAAUGCUUGCAAGCCAGAACGAUUUGGAAAUCUGUGGUGUAUCUUCCAAGCAUCAUCCAGCCCGCACGGCUCCCUGUGCCAAGGAUCUUAUGGAGGCUGGGCCGAGCACAUCCAGUGCGGUACCAACGCUCCCGUUUGACACGGAUCUUUUGUACUGGGAGCAAGAGAAAGUGGAAGCACCUACUCCCGCUCGAGUCCUGGACUUGAACUGCGUUUGGAAGGGUGCCGACAGAGAUGAAGAUUCUCUGCAGCAACAGGUGGUGCCGUUCCGGGAGCGGCGCAUCGACUUCAGUGGGGAAUUUGUGCCUGUCAAAUGGACCUGCAGAGCCAGGCUUCCGAGCGGUAAACUCUGUCCACGCCGGGACCGUCACAAAUGUCCACUACACGGCCCUAUAGUGGCACGGGACGAGCUUGGCAAUCCUCAAGAUCCCAGUACUGCCAAGGCCUCUGCCGUGCCCGAUUGGCAAGAGCCCGGACUUCUGAGGGACUUGGAGGCAGCCACAGGUGCACAGCUACACGUUGGCCGUCGUCAGAAACGGAUCCUGCCCCGUCGCCGGGGCAACCCCAGGGCACGGCUUGAGAAGAAAAUUUUCAACAAGCGCUCGGUGCGGAAGGUUGCCGAAUCCAUGAACGCGAUUGAUGGGAAGAAGUUCAACGACAAGUUUGGUGACCAGUGGAACUAUGCUUUUGGCACAUGAGGCUCGAAGGCUGUGCUUUAGAUGGGGUUGACCUGACCAGUGGUGGAGCAGUUACGUUUAUGCAAGUAGUACCCUUCGUGCGUGAACUUGUAAUGUAGCAAUGCUCGAUUUUUCUGUGUACAUAAUGCAGACAUGAGGAGAUGGAACUGCCAAUCUUGCUGGCACCAACUAAUGCACCUUUGACAAAGCUACAUAGUGGAUUUUGUUCUUGGGUAUUUUGGGUAGUGGUGCAAACUAGGCUUAAAACUGUGUAAUAGAUUUGGUUAGCCUUGACGUUUGUCCUGGCCAGUUACUCUAUGCUGCAGUUAAGGGUAGGGAGAAGACUAAACAUAGCAAUGAAAUCAUUGUGGGCAUGAUAAAGGGAAUUUAUAAUUAUAUUUGUACAUUUGUAAUAUGAAUGUUAUAAAAUUGUAUUUGACAAAUGUUGAAAUGCUGGAAACAUGAAUGUCAAGCUUUCAUUGGAGCACCAUUUGAGAAAUGUUAAAACUCUGCUGCAUUACCCUUCCUUUAUAUUGAAACAAUUGAAGUUUGGCAAUUUUAUAAACUUCUAAAAGAUGCAAAAACUAGUCUCAAAACUCAUGGUCUUAAGUGAAUAAAAUAUCGAGCCUAUAAAAAUACAGUAUUGACAUUAGUGUGAAUGACCCACAUAUUUUCGAAGAGUUCUUUUUUUGGUUAGUUUCAAGCACUUCUAAUUCUGGCAUGCUUUUUCAUGGGCUUGAUUUUUGUGAUGAUAUUACUUGGAAUAUAAAGAUGUUUAAUUCUAUGAUGCUGCAUGUUUGUUAAUGCACUACCAUUGUCAAUGUUCAUGUAUUAGAUCGCCAUGCAGUUGUGCAAAAUUCUUGUUUAGACAACUCUUUUAUCAUGUUUUUAUUAUUGCAAUAAAUUUACACAAAAAUG